AGAGAGUCCCCCCGCGCCGUGGGCGUGGGAAAGGGCGUCGCGGGGCACGCUGGGAAACUCCCCCCGGCCGCCGCCAUCUUGCUUUCCUUGAAGCCGGCCGUGACCGGGGGUCAGAGCCAUCUUGAGCCAUGAAGCUGCUAACGAAAGCCGGGUCCCUCUCGAGAUUUUAUUCCCUCAAAGUCGCGCCCAAAGUGAAAGCCACGUCUGCCCCUGCGGCAGCGCCUCUACAUCCUCAGGACCUUGAGUUUACCAAACUACCAAAUGGUUUAGUGAUUGCUUCUCUGGAAAAUUAUGCUCCUGCAUCAAAAAUUGGUUUGUUCAUAAAAGCAGGAAGUAGAUAUGAGGACCCCAACAGUUUAGGAACCUCUCACUUGCUUCGUCUUGCAUCCACUUUGACUACAAAAGGAGCUUCAUCUUUCAAGAUAACCCGUGGAAUUGAAGCAGUCGGUGGUAAAUUAAGUGUGACUGCAACAAGGGAGAACUUGGCUUACACGGUGGAGUGCCUGCGUGAUGACGUUGAUGUUCUAAUGGAGUUCCUGCUCAAUGUCACCACAGCACCAGAAUUUCGUCCUUGGGAAGUUGCUGCCCUUCAGCCUCAACUAAAAAUUGACAAAGCUGUGGCUUUUCAGAAUCCACAGGCUCAUGUCAUUGAAAAUUUGCAUACUGCAGCUUACAAAAAUGCCUUGGCUAAUUCCUUGUAUUGUCCUGAUUAUAGGAUUGGAAAAGUGACACCAGAAGAGUUACAUUUCUAUGUUCAGAACCAUUUUACAAGUGCAAGAAUGGCUUUGAUUGGACUUGGUGUGAGUCAUCCUGUUCUAAAGCAAGUUGCUGAACAGUUUCUCAACAUGAGAGGUGGCCUUGGUUUAUCUGGUGCUAAGGCCAAAUACCGUGGAGCUGAAAUUCGAGAACAGACUGGAGAUAGUCUCGUGCAUGCUGCUGUUGUAGCAGAAAGUGCUGCCAUAGGAAGUGCAGAAGCAAAUGCCUUUAGUGUCCUCCACUAUGUCCUGGGUGCUGGACCACACGUCAAGAGAGGCAGCAAUGCCACCAGCUCUCUGUACCAGGCUGUCGCCAAGGGAGUCAACCAGCCAUUUGAUGUUUCUGCUUUUAAUGCCAGUUACUCAGAUUCUGGGCUUUUUGGGAUUUACACUAUCUCACAGGCUACAGCUGCUGGAGAUGUUAUCAAGGCUGCCUAUAAUCAGGUGAAAACAAUUGCUCAAGGAAACCUUUCCAAUGCAGAUGUCCAAGCUGCCAAGAACAAGCUGAAAGCUGGAUAUUUGAUGUCGGUGGAGUCUUCUGAAGGUUUCCUGGAUGAAGUCGGGUGCCAGGCUCUAGUCGCUGGUUCAUAUACACCACCAUCCACAGUCCUUCAGCAGAUUGACUCAGUAGCUGACGCAGAUGUCAUAAAGGCUGCAAAGAAAUUUGUUUCUGGCCAGAAGUCAAUGGCAGCAAGUGGAAAUUUGGCAAAUACACCUUUUCUUGAUGAACUGUAAUACUGAAGCCCAAGAGCUGAGCAUUUUCUCAACCAGAGCAGCAAACACAUGAAGUCAAAAGUCUCUAAAUACAACAUUUAUCCUUUUGUUUCCAAUGAGGUAAAAUAUCUUAAAUGCAAGUAAUUAUUCCCAGUUGACCUCAAGUCAAUAAAACAUU